UGAAGGAGAGAGAAAGCACACAAAAACUCCCUGCUCUCGAAAUCUCGUUUCUCGGGCCAUCCAUUCACGAAUAUCGAGGAAAUUAUUAUUCUUUUUCCUGUUUUACCCUUGCUCAUAAUUUUAUUCCCAAAAAAAUUAAAAUAAAAAUUCAAUUUUUCUUUUUGGCUUUCUUAUUUUAUUUUUCUACAUUUUUGUGUGUGCUUCAUCCGCUGCUUCCUCUCCAAAGAGCGAGUCCAAAAUAGCUUUCAAUUUUUUUCAUGUGUGCUUCGAUCUUUGUCCUCCCAAUUUUCAAAGAAAUCUCAUAGAAAAGAAGAACCCAUUUAUUUUCUCGGGCUGCUUGCCUGGGGGGAUUUGGAUUUUGCCACAUUGUCUAGGGCUUAAAAUGUUGGUUUCUUGAGGUUGGAUUUCAUGGGUUGAACUCAAAAGUAUAAUGGGUAGCCUCAGUGAAGACGAAGAAUAUAGAUUUUUUGAUGCCCAAGAAGAUAUUGCAUCGACAUCUGAUGCGAAUUCUGAUAGUGUUAGUUCAAGUUCUUCGAACAAUUGGGUUCCAAAUGGUCUACACUAUGAUAUUUGGAUGCGGAGCCCGAGAAGUGUUGAGGAGCGCCGGAGUAAUUUCCUGAGGUGGAUUGGAUUGAAUUCAGAUGGAAUUCUGAUAGAAAAUUCUGUAGAUGUAGAUAGUGACAUUUCCAAAAGAGAAUUCGACAGAAUCAGAGAGAGCAGUGGAGCUGUGCUGAGAACCUCCAGUUUCGAAAACGAGUUCGCUUCCACUCGAUCUUCCAUUUCAUGUGCUGAAAAUGGCGGCUGCGAUUUUUCCCAGAAUUUGUGUUCAAAGGAGAAUUUUUUUGUGUGCAGAGAUGCAGAUUCAGGCUGUGGAAUGGAGUGUGAUGUGGAGGAAGUGGAUGAAAAGAAGAGUGCAAGUCGAAAAGCGAGGAGCUUGGGUCGGUUGGAGUUGGCUGGAGAGCCUGAGAAUGCUUCUGCAUUGUCUCCCUCGUUCCAACAACUGAUGGAGAAAGAAGUGCAGGAAACAAACAAUUUGGUGGGGACAAUGAAGAAAGCUAAGAAGGGUUGGUUGAGUAAAUUGAGAUCCAUGGCAUGCAUUAUUGAUAAGCAAGGGGAUGCUGAUAGGUUGAGACCAAAUGAUAAUGAUGCAAAUUUUGGAUGUAGGGCUCAAAGAGUUAAGGUUCGCCAAUGCGGGAAACGGUCAAAGGAACUUUCAGCUCUUUAUAUGGGGCAAGAUAUCCAAGCCCAUAAAGGUUCAAUUUUGACAAUGAAAUUCAGUCCUGAUGGACAGUAUCUCGCAAGUGCUGGUGAAGAUGGGAUUGUACGGGUUUGGCAAGUGGUGGAGGAUGAGAGAUCUAAUGAGCUUGACAUUCCAAAAUUAGAUCCAUCCUGUUUAUACUUCACAGUGAAUCAUCUCUCAGAAUUGAAACCCCUUGUUACGGAUAAAGAGAAAAUAGGCAAAUCAGUAAGCAUGAGGAAAACGUCAGACUCAGCUUGUGUUAUUUUUCCUCCUAAGGUCUUCAGAAUAUUGGAGAAACCGUUGCAUGAUUUUUGUGGACACAGCGGUGAGAUCUUGGAUCUCUCAUGGUCAAAGAAUAAUUAUCUUCUGUCAUCGUCGGUUGACAAAACUGUUCGUCUCUGGCGAGUGGGAUAUGAUAACUGCCUCAAAAUUUUUUCACAUAGCAAUUAUGUGACAUGUGUCCAAUUUAAUCCUAUGGAUGAUAAUUACUUCAUCAGCGGUUCUAUAGAUGGAAAAGUUCGUAUCUGGGGAAUUCCUUCUUGCAAAGUUGUUGACUGGACUGAUAUAGGGGAAAUAGUCACUGCAGUGUGUUAUCGCCCUGAUGGAGAGGGGGGAAUUAUUGGCUCUUUGACUGGAAAUUGUCGCUUUUUCUAUGUAGAUGAUAAUCAUUUACAAUUGGAUGCUCAAAUAUCCUUACAUAAUAAGAAGAAAUCUGCAUGCAAAGAGAUCACAGGCUUCCAGUUUUCUCCAAAAGACUCUAGCAAAGUAAUGAUUACUUGUGCGGGUUCCCAGGUUAGAGUUCUGGACGGGCUCAAUGUGAUUGGAAAAUAUCGGGCACUACGUAACGCAGGAAACCAGAUAUCUGCAUAUUUCACUUCAAAUGGAAAACAUAUAGUAUCGGCUUGCGAUGAUUCUAAUGUAUAUGUAUGGAACUGCAGUAAUCAAGAGGAGACUGUUCUCUCUCAAGCAAAAAAUGUUAGGUCUUGUGAGCGUUUUUUCAGCAAUGCAUCUGUUGCUAUACCUUGGGGUGGUUUAAAACAUAGCCACUCAGAAAAUGGAAGUCAGAUUCAUGGUUUGGAUGAGAGGUUAUCAGAAGCUCUGCCUUUUUCUUCACCUGCUUGUUUUUCUCUAAGCCAAGAAUUCUACUUAGAAUCUUUUCCCAAGGGAUCUGCAACAUGGCCAGAGGAAAAGCUACCUACUUCAAGCCCGCUGGCCAAAACUUCUAUAAUGCACAAAUCUCAGUACAAGUUCCUUAAAAGUUCUUGCCAGAGCACAUCCAAUUCUCAUGCAUGGGGUCUGGUUAUUGUGACGGCAGGCUGGGAUGGACGGAUAAAAUCAUUCCACAAUUAUGGUUUACCUUUGCAUCCUUGAUAAUUUUUUGUGCUUGGCAUGAUUUACGGAGAAUAUUUUAUGCCCUUUGUUGGUCACUCACCUGCAGUGCCUCUUUUAACCCGAUUGCACACUGUCAAUUCUUAUGUAAGAUGAAUUGACAAAUGACUUUUGAGCAAACUGUAAGGCCACAGCGGGUUCAUAUCUGAGCAUUCCAUAGGCAUGUGCAGUGUUGAUGAUCUUGAGAAUUUUGGUUUUUGCAUGGGCCCUUUUCUCAGAUUUCUUCAGUGACAGUUAUCAAAUUAUAUCAGAGCAAGUGGCAGCAAUUCUAUGGUUGCUUUGUAAUCUGUCUUGGAAGCAGUAAGUGGCUAAGGUUAGCUUAUCUGGAUUCCAAGCGUAAUAUUAUAACUUCUGAUUAAUCAUUCGAUAGUUUUUUGUCUGCCGGCCCACAAGAUUAGAUGUAAAAGUCAUUUGUUGAGAGAGGCGAAAUUGAGAUAUUAUCUCUGCAUAAUGCAAGUGCCUGUGGGGCCUUGUAGAACCUCUUUCUUUUGUUCUUAAAGUUGAGACGGGGAAUCCCAGCUGGUGGUAGGAGUUUGUUUGAGAGAGAAAAAAAAAUGGUAGGGAACUUUGCCAUUAUAUUAUGUUGGCCGGUCUGAAUGAUUGAGUUGUUUGUCUGCCAUUGCUGUUUUGUAUAGUGGUAGAGCCAGUCACUUCUUGUGUUGGCUCUGGAACUGUGCUAGGGCCUGGAAUUCAUUUCCAUUUCUCAGCCACAGUUCAUGAAACUGCCCAGACCAGUGUACAGAAGAUGUUUUCUUCCGUUUCUUCCGAAUAAUCACUGCUUGCUGCUCUGCGUUACCUUUAAUUGUUGUUUCAAUGCUGAUUCCACUGUUUUUGCUAACAUAAUUUAUGUACUCUCAGUUUUGGCUUAAACUUAAUGGAUUAGUUGAGUUUUAGGGGAGUUGUUUUUUACUUUUCUUUUUCCCCCUCCAAUAGCUAGAUAGAAAUUCCUUGAGAUAGCAUAUAUGUAAUUGUAAUUUUUCGGUGGUAAAUAAAAUUUUUUUUGCAGCUUCUUCCUUUUC